CAAGAGAGAGCGAGAGAGUGGCAAGCAUAUUAUAACUCAUCCAUGUGGAUCACCCUAGUAGAUUGGGAGCAAUCCCUUGUUGAAAUUGUCUUCUAAACACUUAGAGAAGGAGACAGAACGGAGCAGCCAGCCCAUCUCAGUGUGCCUGUGUGUGUAUUCUCACACUGCCUGCUAUCCCAGCCAAGGUAGAGAGACCUCUGACAGACCGCUUGCAUGUGUGUGUUUCAUUUUGCUCGCAUGCGUGAGUGUGUGUGUGUGCACGUGUGUGCUUGUGCCGUUGCCUAUCUUGCGAGCCAGCCAGCUAGUGAGUGUGUGCAUGUGUGUUUGAGUGAGAGGGAGAGAGAGAGAAGAUGUGUGUGUGUGUGUAAGGAAGAGGGGGUAUUAUGCACCCUGGAUGUUGCCUCGUGCUUUAAACAGCUGCCUACAAGCCCAGGUAGUGCGCGCCGGCUUCUAAAUAAGCAGCACAUUCACCGUCCCCUUCAGGACAAGAGGCUAGGCUGCAGAGUGUGAAAUCAGACUAAUACAGUGGCGUAGGGCUGAGCAGGAGCAGGAAGCAUCUCCUGCAUGACUUACUUAGGCUAGAGGUUUAGAAGACAAGAACCUGCAGAAGAAAAAGAGGGGAUUGGACGUCAGAGAGAAAGGGGAGGAAAAAAAGACAGUAAGGACUGUGAAGGAAGCUUUCCUCUGCUUCACAACUGGUUGCAUUCUGUUGUGUGUGAAGAAGACGUUUGAACAGCCUGUGCUGCCUAUCAGAUCUCCUGUGGCCCAAAGGUGAUGGUGUUACUCUGAUUUGUUCUUCUUGUGACCCGGGAGUCCCUAAAUCCCAAUCCAUAUAGCUUUGGAAAACCCUGGAAAUACCUGGAAUUCUAGGAGUAUAGCACCAAAAUUUCUUAAGGUGCCCAGGCACCGGAUCAAUAGCUUUACAUUCUCCUUUAUUGUUUUCUUGUGUAUAAAAAGAAAGAGACGAAAGUCUGAACGUUAGCAAUAGCCGCUGGCCAUCCACCAUUGCUUCGACGAACCUGCUGUGACCAAGAGGGCGUGACCUUUCUGCCUGCUGACUUCAAACAGACACUUGAAAAGGAAACGCAGUCAGAGAGGCUUCCGUGUGGUGGCAACUCAGACCAAAAACCCCAUCAGGCCUGGAUGCGAUGAACGCCUCAUGUAGGCAUCAGCAUGGACAGCUGUGAGUCUCCUGUGGUUUCUGGGACAGACGAUGGGCUCGGCUCCUCCCAGCAGCAGCAACCACCACAGCCCUGGAACGAUCACUCUAGCUCACAGGUCCCCAGCACCAACCAGGCCCCUUCCCUGGACCCCCUUUCUCUCUCUGCUCCCUACCCUUCUCAACUCCAAAACUCCUUUGCACCUCAUGACGGGGUGAAAGAACCACAGUCACAGCAGCAGCAGCCAAAACAGACAUCACCCCAGGCCCGCUGUGAUAGCUCUGCCACAGGCCAGCUGCAUCCUAGAAGAGAAGGUCUUGAGGAAGAAGAGCAAGAGGGAGUGAGCUGUGGAGAAGAGGAAGAAUCUGAGGACUUAGAUGAAAUGGAGAUUGACAGUUGUUUCCCAAGUCUUAAACCCUUUCCUGGGAUGCCAAUGGCUUCAGGGGGAGGAGGCAUGCCCACCCUACUGCGACAUCAGCCCACACGACAGCAGGGAGCACCUGAGAGUGGGAGUGAGGAAGGAGAGGAGGAAGAGGAAGAGGAGAGCAGUGAUGUGGAGAACCUGGCUGGAGAGAUAGUUUACCAGCCAGAUGGCUCAGCCUACAUUGUAGAGAGCCUCAGUCAGUUGAUCCAAAGUGGUGGGGGCAUGGUACCCAGCCUGCUUCCCACAAACUCUCUCAGCAGUGGGGGAAAACCGGGGGAACCUGCUGGGACUUCAUCCUCGGUCUACCCUCACAUCAUCAACACGUUCCACAUAGCCUCGUCCUUCGGGAAGUGGUUUGGCAAUUCAGACCAAGGUUUCCCCAAUACCUCAACCAUGGCAGGCCUCAGCCCUGUCCUGCACAGUUUCCGUGUCUUCGAUGUGCGGCACAAAAGCAACAAGGAUUACCUGAACAGCGAUGGGUCUGCCAAGAAGUCCUGUGUAUCCAAAGAUGUUCCCAACAACGUGGAUUUCUCCAAAUUUGAUGGGCUUGCCCUAUAUGGCAAAGGUAAGCCCAUUCUCAUGUGUUUUAUCUGCAAGCUGUCCUUUGGCUAUGCGCGUUCCUUUGCCACUCAUGCCGUCCAUGAUCACCGCAUGACACUGUGUGAGGACGAGCGGCAGCUGCUAGGGGACAAGCAUGCAUCUGCCAUCAUCCAGGGCAUUGGGAAAGAUAAAGAGCCCCUCAUCAGUUUCCUGGAACCAAAAAAUAAGAGCACUCCUUUGCCACCUACCCUGCUCCCCAUUAACUCUGGCCAGAGCUUCUAUGGCACAUUUAGUGGUGUCCAUCUGGAGCCUGGAAGCAGCAGUGGGGGCAGCGAGACCCUCCUGAAUAAAGACUCUGACUCUGGCCUCCAGCAACAGCAGCAGCAACAAACCCCGCUAAACUCAGUCCUCUCUCUUGGAGGGCUGAGCAUUCCCAAAGCAUCCACUCUUACCUCAUCCUCAGGCUCUGCCAAAGACUCCAGUGCCCUGCCCAAACAGGGAGGGGGAACAGAGGAGCCUGUUGGGAAAGAGUUGGCAUGCAAGGAAGAGGAUGGGGACACUGAGGGACAUGAAAGCAACAUUCACCUAUCAAGCCAGAUGGGGGGCUGGGAAGAAGAAGAGGAACUGUUAUUAGGGGAGGAGGAAGACGAGGUGGAGGCAGAAAGCACUGCAGUGGCCUGUAGUGGUAACAGUAGCAGCGGCGGGGGUGAAGCGGGGGAACCAGCUGUCUCAAACCAAAGCAUUUCCAAAUCUCCUUUAUUAAUGCCUAGUAGCGCUCUCCAGCCUUCUGCCUGCACCUCUGCAGUCAGUUCCACACACAACAGCAAAGCCCCUGCUUCCACUUCCUCCUCUGUCAAGAAAGACGAUUCAGCUACAGAAGGUGGGGGGAGGACCUCAGAGCUCCCUCUGAGCUUUAACUGCCAGGGGCCCACUGUUCCCAUGGCAAUGGCGGCAGCUGCCGUCAGAAGGAGUGAGGAUGACACUGCUGGCACUUCCUCCUCACCUCUGUCCUCCAAUGCUGCUGCUGAUGAAAGUGCCAAUCGAGAUAGUGCCACAGCUCCAGAACCAAAUGAUUGCCCGGCAGAGGGAGAGGAGGAAAAUGGAGCCCUUCUGCACCAUCACCACAUGCACCACCAUCAUCUUCACCUCCACCCUUCAUCUCAUGGCCACUCCCACCCCCUUGCAGGGGGCUCCUGUGACAUAACGGGGAUGGGUGAGUGUUCACAGAACCAUGGGCCUGGUGGCAGCGGAGGAAGUGGGGUAGAAUGCCCUAAAUGUGACACCGUUCUGGGUUCCUCACGCUCCUUGGGUGGUCACAUGACAAUGAUGCAUUCACGCAACUCAUGCAAGACACUCAAGUGUCCCAAAUGCAACUGGCAUUACAAGUACCAGCAGACGUUGGAGGCCCACAUGAAAGAGAAGCACCCAGACUCUGGAGGCUCCUGUAUGUACUGCAGCAGUGGUCAGAGCCACCCUCGUCUGGCUCGUGGAGAAAGCUAUACCUGUGGAUACAAGCCCUUCCGGUGUGAGGUGUGUAACUAUUCGACCACCACAAAGGGGAACCUAAGCAUCCACAUGCAGUCGGACAAGCACCUGAACAACAUGCAGACACUGCAGAAUGGAGGUUCCAUUGGCUCUGCACAGGAGCAGGUGUUUGGACAUACCCCAGGAGGAGUGGUGGCUGUCCCCUCAGUGACCCAGGCCAGUAGUCAUCACCCUCCACACCACCAUCCUACACAGUCCUCCACCCAUAUGGCUGGACCGUGUGGGGCCCCCUCCCCGACCAAGCCGAAGAGCAAACCUACUUGGCGGUGUGAGGUAUGUGACUAUGAGACCAAUGUGGCACGGAACCUGCGUAUCCACAUGACCAGCGAGAAGCACAUGCACAACAUGAUGCUACUCCAGCAGAAUGUGACUCAGAUGCAGCAUGGCCGACUUGGCUUGGGAGCCAUGCCUUCACCCUCUGAGGCUGAGCUCUAUCAAUAUUACCUGACCCAGAAUAUGAGCCUUCCACCAGGCCUCAAGAUAGACCCAGCUGGAGCUGAGGCCCAGUUCCUGAUGGGGAGCUUUCACCUGGAUCCCAACAUGGCUGCCCUGGCCCCUGCCCUCGUAGGUGGGGAGAUCCCUAUGGACGUGCGGCUGGGCGCUGGCCAGUUGGUGUCCGAAGAACUGAUGACCCUAGGAGAAAGUCUAUCACAAACCAGCGAUCCCUCCCUCAAGCUCUUUCAGUGUGCUGUGUGCAACCGCUUCACCACUGACAACCUGGAUGUGCUUGGCAUGCAUAUGGGAGCUGAACGGAGCCUACCAGAGGAGGAGUGGCGUGCUGUGGUGGGCGACUCUCACCAGUGCAAGUUGUGCCACUACACCACUCAGCUCAAGGCCAACUUCCAGCUGCACUGCAAGACAGACAAGCAUGUGCAAAAGUACCAGCUUGUGGCUCACAUCAAAGAGGGGGGCAAAGGCAAUGAAUGGCGCCUGAAAUGUGUGGCCAUAGGCAAUCCAGUGCACCUGAAGUGCAAUGCCUGUGACUACUACACUAACAGCCUGGAGAAGCUGAGGAUGCACACUGUCAAUUCCCGCCAUGAGGCUAGCCUCAAACUCUACAAGCACCUGCAGCAGCACGAAAACGCCGUGGAGGGUGAUGCCUGCUACUACCAUUGUGUGCUGUGUAACUACUCGACCAAGGCCAAGCUCAACCUGAUCCAGCAUGUGCGCUCCAUGAAGCACCAGCGCAGUGAGAGCCUCAGGAAGCUUCAGCGCUUACAGAAGGGCCUGCCAGAGGAGGACGAGGACCUUAGCUCCAUCUUCACCAUUCGCAAAUGCCCUUCUUCAGAUACAGGAGAGCUGAGUGAGGAUGUGGAGGCUGCUAGUGAGACCACCACAGACCAGGAGGACCAAACCAAAGACAGAGAAAGUGGGGGGGAGAAGGAGCUCACCAAAGGGACAGCAGUGUCUGGCCACUUAGAACGGCACCAGUCAGAUUCCCCAAUCCCCUCCAAAAGGCCCUCUUCACGGUCAGAGACCUCCGAGAGCCCACUCUCAUCAAAGCGUCCCAGGACAGCUGAGAAGAGCGCUGCAGAGCAGAUGUACCAGUGCCCCUACUGCAAGUUCACCAACACGGACCUGAAUCGUCUCAGAAUGCACGUGAUGACACAGCACUCUGUCCAGCCCAUGUUACGCUGCCCAUUAUGCCAGGACAUGCUCAACAACAAGAUCCACCUGCAGUUCCACCUCACACACCUCCACAGUGUGGCUCCUGACUGUGUUGAUAAGCUCAUUGCCACAGUAACAGCAACUGAAGCACUGCCAGCAAGCAUGUUCAUACCUGUACCUAGUCCAGACAGAGAGUGCCAGAGCACCCCUCAUGCCACAGCCAACUCCAACUCUGAAGAUACAAAGAAGCAAGCUGAUGCAUCAGACACUGAUCCAGAGAAGGGGGUGUCACUCCCUACAGAAAUAGCUGAAGCUCGCAAGUCACCUCUGGAAGAUCAACAAUCAGAGAGGGAUGAUGCCACAGGAUUCCUGUGCUGGAAGAAAGGCUGUAAUCAAGUGUUCAAGUCAUCCAACUCCCUCCAGAUGCACUUCAAUGAAGUUCACAACAAAAGGCCCCAGUUGCCUGUUUCAGAUCGCCAUGUCUACAAGUACCGCUGUAACCAAUGCAGCCUGGCCUUUAAGACUGUGGAGAAACUACAGCUCCAUUCACAGUACCAUGUGAUCAGGGCAGCCACCAUGUGCUGCCUCUGCCAGCGAAGCUUCAGAACACUACAGGCCUUGAAGAAACAUUUAGAAACCAGCCACCUGGAGCUGAGUGAAGCUGAUAUCCAACAGCUUUAUGGGGGCUUAUUGAUGAAUGGUGACAUUAUGGUAAUGGGUGACCCAUCCCUUGGUGAGGAGCAUGGAAGUCUGGGAGAAGAUGAUAAAGAUGGAGAUGAAAGUGACCCAGAGGAAAAACAAAGCCCAACAGGCAGUGACUCUGGGUCACUGCAGGAAGAUUCUGGAUCUGAACCUAAACGUGCUUUGCCAUUCAGAAAGGGCCCCAACUUUACUAUGGAGAAGUUCUUGGAUCCAUCUCGUCCUUUCAAGUGCACUGUAUGCAAAGAGUCAUUUACACAGAAGAACAUUCUUCUGGUUCACUAUAACUCUGUCUCCCACCUGCACAAGGUGAAGAGGGCUCUUCAGGAGUCCACUACUGGCCAGCCUGAGCCUACCAGCAGCCCUGACAACAAGCCAUUCAAGUGCAGCACUUGUAAUGUGGCAUAUAGCCAGAGUUCUACUCUGGAGAUCCACAUGCGCUCUGUUCUACACCAGACCAAAGCUAGGGCAGCCAAACUUGAAGCAGCAGGAGGGAUCCCUAGCUCUGCAAGUGCUACUGGUCUAAGUGGCGGGGGGUCCAGCACCAACACUUCAACAUCUAGUCCAAGCCCAGCCAGCAACUCAACUACUAGCUCUGCCAACCACAGUUCUUCUGGGUCUCAAACAGUUCAGAGUAUUCUUGGAGGAAACCAUAUGAGCCAGACUCAUAGCAUUGAAACCCUGGGGAAUUCUUCAGUGAGCUGCCAUUCCUCCCCAUCUGAGAACCAUGAAGUCAAGAAGUCAAAAUUUACAGACAUGCUGUCUGCUAGGGGGCAACAACAACAACAACAACAACAACAGCAACAGCAACAGCUUCAGCAACAACAACAGUUGGCUCAGGCUCAAGCCCAAGCUCAAGCCCAGCUUCAGCAAGAGCUCCAACAGCAGGCUGCUCUUUUACAAUCACAGCUAUUCAACCCAGCACUUCUGCAGCACUUCCCAAUGACAACUGAUGCACUUCUCCCCCUGCAACAGCAGCAGUUGCUGUUCCCUUUCUACAUCCCUGGAGCCGAAUUUCAGCUGAACCCAGAGAUCAACAUCAGCAGCUCAGCACUUGGCCUAGCAGGAUCCUCCACCUCCUCACUGCUGGAAGAUCUAAAAAACUCAGCCCAGCAGGCCCAGCAGAGUUGCUUGCAGCAGCAAUUGAUGCACCACCACCUUCAGCAGCAACAUCAACAACAACAGCAGCAGCAACAACAACAACAACAACAGCAGCACCAACAACAACAACAGCAGUCUCACUCACAGGCUCAGGGGCAGAUGGCAUUGCUGCAGCAGAGUGCAUCUCUCCUCCAGCAGGCUGAAAAAAAGCAUAGACCUCCCUCCUCUCAUAAUGAGAAAGACAGAGAAAUACAAAGAGAGAAGGACACAACUGAAAAAAAUGAGGAAUGUGUUAACAAAGAUUCUACAGACAGCAAGUCAAAAGAAAAGAAGGACAUUCAGCAUAUUUCAAUAAACAUAAACCAUGAUAGUGGCUUGCCUCCACCAAGGAUUGCUUCAGAUGCUCGAGGAAAUGCAACUAAAGCCCUGCUGGAAAAUUUUGGGUUUGAGUUAGUAAUUCAGUACAAUGAAAAUAAACAGAAAGCUCAGAAAAAGACAGCUGGACCUACAGGAUCAAGUGGUCCAGGUGGGAUAACAAGAGUGGUGGACCCCAUUGAGGGAUUAGAAAAACUGGAAUGUGAAGCCUGUGGCAAGCUGUUUUCAAACAUACUGAUUCUAAAGAGUCACCAGGAGCAUAUCCACCAGGCUUUCUUUCCAUUUCGAUCCCUUGAGAGAUUUGCCAAGGAAUACAGAGAGCAUUAUGAUAAACUCUAUCCACUGAGACCCCCUACACCAGAGGCUGCUCCGGCUCCUCCACCACCUCCUCCACCUCCACCUCUACCCCAAAGAGCUCCCACACCAAAUAUUCCUGUCUCUGCUGCCUCGCUCACACCUCCAACUGUACCUCCCCCUCAGCCGCCAGUUACAAUGGCACAAAUUCCCAUGCCAAUGGAUUUGCCCCUCUUCUCGCCGCUUAUGAUGCAGCCCAUGUCUCUCCAGUCCUUGCCCACUCAGUUGCCUCCCCAGCUACCAUCUGUUGAGCCAAGCCUGGCCUCAGACCUGGCCCAGCUCUAUCAACAACAGCUUACACCAGCCAUGCUACAGCAGCAGCAGAACAAGAGGCCACGGACACGCAUCACAGAUGACCAGCUUAGGGUCUUGCGACAGUACUUUGAUAUUAACAAUUCACCAAAUGAGGAGCAGAUUAAAGAGAUGGCAGACAAGUCAGGGCUGCCACAAAAAGUCAUAAAGCACUGGUUCAGAAACACCCUUUUUAAAGAGCGACAGCGCAACAAAGACUCGCCAUACAAUUUCAAUAAUCCACCAACAACAACUCUAGAAGACACAAAAAUUGACUCUAAACCACCUUCCCCCGAACCUCAGAAACAUGACUUCUAUGGAAGUAAGAGAUCAUCCAGGACUAGGUUUACUGACUACCAGCUAAGAGUGCUACAAGACUUCUUUGAUGCCAAUGCUUAUCCUAAAGAUGAUGAAUUUGAACAGCUCUCCAACCUUCUGAACCUCCCAACUCGUGUUAUUGUUGUGUGGUUCCAAAAUGCUCGCCAGAAGGCAAGGAAGAAUUAUGAAAACCAGGGUGAUGGGGGAAAAGAUGGUGAAAGACGAGAACUGUCAAAUGAUCGCUAUAUCCGCACCUCAAAUCUGAACUACCAGUGCAAGAAAUGCAGUCUGGUUUUCCAGCGUAUAUUUGAUCUAAUAAAACACCAAAAGAAGCUGUGUUACAAAGAUGAAGAUGAGGAUGGACAGUAUGACAGCCAAAAUGAGGAUUCACUGGAUUUUUCCCAUGAAUGUUAUACUCCCUCUGGGUCUUCCUGUCACACCCCAAUGCCCUCCUCUUCAAGUCUCUGUCCACUUCCCCCCUCCACUUCAGCAUUCUCACACCUCCCAUCCACUGAGAAAGAGGAGGCAUCACCAGCAACCACCUCAAACCUCUAUGAUGAGAAGCCUAAGCAGUUACCAGAAAUUUCUGCUGAUCCACGAGAAAACCAAACCUCUAUUAAGCAGGAAAUUGUGCAUCAACCCCAAUCUGAGGCACAACACCAUAGACCUCAAAGAGAAGAGAAAAUUCAAACUAUUUCCAAGCCCACCAAAGCUUCAUCUUCUUCCUUCUCUCAGCAACAACAGCAGUGUGGUCCCUCAGCCUCUCAGACAAGCCAGGCCUCAUCGCAAAGCUCUCACUUGAGCCUCAAUGCACACCUGACCUCUGCUACACAACAACUGGCACAACAGAUGAUCCAGUACCAGUGUGAGCAGUGCAAGGUUGGCUUCCCCUCCUUUGAGCACUGGCAGGAACACCAGCAAUUACACUUCCUUUCUGUGCAAAAUCAAUUCAUCCACCCUCAAUUCCUUGACCGUCCAAUUGACAUGCCUUUCAUGCUAUUUGAUCCCAGCAAUCCUCUGCUGGCAAGUCAGCUACUCUCUGGGGCAAUGCCGCAGAUUCCCAGCAGCUCUGCCACCUCGCCAUCCACCCCGACCUCCACCAUGAACUCCCUUAAGAGGAAGUUAGAGGAGAAAGCUGGCACUAGCCCAGGAGAGAACGACAGCACAAAUAGCGGAGAAGAGCCACAGAGAGACAAGCGGCUCAGAACCACCAUCACACCUGAGCAGCUAGAGAUCCUUUAUCAGAAGUAUUUAUUAGAUUCAAAUCCUACACGUAAAAUGCUUGACCACAUUGCUCAUGAGGUGGGAUUAAAAAAGAGAGUAGUGCAAGUCUGGUUCCAAAAUACCAGAGCUAGAGAGAGAAAAGGCCAGUUUAGAGCAGUAGGUCCAGCUCAAGCUCAUCGUAGGUGCCCUUUUUGUCGAGCUCUUUUUAAAGCAAAAACUGCCCUUGAGGCACACAUUCGCUCUCGUCACUGGCAUGAAGCCAAACGUGCUGGAUACAAUUUAGCUCUCGCCGGUAUGUUACCUGAGCAUGAGGGUAUGCAAAUAAAAAUGGAUGCUCUAGAGACAUCAAGUUACUCCCAACUGGCCCCAUCAAACAGUGAUGGACAAAGUUCCUCCAUGUCACCAGUGAACAAAAGCAUGGAUUUGUCUCCCAGGGCUCUACUGAGCCCUUCAUCCAUUAAAGUUGAGGGAAUGGAAGAUUUUGAGAGUGCAACCAUGUCAUCUGUGAACCUCAGCUUUGAUCAGAGCAAACUCGAUAAUGAUGACUGCUCUUCUGUGAAUACAGCCAUCACAGACACAACCACAGGUGAUGAGGCCAAUGCUGAUAAUGACAGUGCUGAUGCGAAGCACAGCCAAAAUAGUGGUGAUUACCUGUCUAAGUCUGGGGGCUCAGCCCCCAUCCUUGAAAAUGAUGACCAGAUGUCCUCAGGGCUGGUAAGCCCUGCAACAAGCUAUUAUACUAAGGACUAUGAAAAUGAACAUAUAAUUGACCACAGUGAGACGUCCAGCCUCGCUGACCCCUGCUCACCAAGUCCUGGAGCCUCAGGUAGCAGGAGCAUUGACAGUGGAGAUAGACCUGGCCAAAAGCGCUUCCGAACCCAGAUGACUAACCUCCAGCUGAAAGUGUUGAAAUCCUGUUUUAACGACUACAGGACUCCCACUAUGCUGGAAUGUGAGGUACUUGGCAAUGACAUUGGACUUCCAAAGAGAGUUGUUCAGGUGUGGUUUCAAAAUGCCCGUGCCAAGGAGAAAAAGGCAAAGCUCAACAUGGCCAAGCACUUCGGAAUAAAUCAGACAUCCUACGAGGGGCCGAAGACUGAAUGCACUUUGUGUGGUGUCAAGUAUAGUGCUCGCCUCUCUGUUCGUGAUCACAUUUUCUCCCAGCAACACAUCUCUAAGGUGAAGGAUACCAUUGGCAGCCAGAUCGAUAAGGAAAAAGAAUACUUUGACCCAGCCACUGUCCGCCAACUAAUGGCCCAGCAAGAGAUGGACCGCAUUAAGAAGGCCAAUGAAGUUUUAGGACUGGCACAGCAGCAGGCCAUGCAGCAGCAGGGGAUGUUUGAUAACCCUGCAAUGCAGGCUCUGAAUCUUCAAUCAGCCUAUCCAAAUCUGCAAGGCAUCCCACCUGUCCUUUUGCCAGGGGUUGGCAGCCCCUCUCUUUCCAGCUUUAACUCAUCUAAUUCAGCUUUAACUCCUCCAAAACCUUCAAACCUCCUGAACAUGCCUGGUGCCAGUGUUCCCUCACCUAGCCUCCCCACAUCUGGAUUGCCCAACAAGCCUCCCUCCUCAUCGUCUCUUGCCGCAUCCAGCCCAGCCCAGACCAACACAUCUGCUUCCCACUCAAGCCCAACCUCCACAUCCAACUCCACUUCCUCAACAACCCAGUCCGGCUCCCGGCCUGAACCCCCCAAAGAACGUGAGAAUGCUGAGAGGGUAAGAGAGAAGGAGAAGUCCAAGGAAAAGACAGAGAAGCCCUCAACCCCAUCAUCAACUGGAAGCACCCCUGCCCCUUCUACUUCUGCUGCCAGCGCCAAGAAGGAGAAACCAGACACAGCUGUACCUGCCACCUCUAUGCCCACACCUGGCAUGGAGUAUGUGGUAGACCCUGCCCAGCUUCAAGCCCUGCAGGCUGCUUUGGCAUCAGACCCCACAGCUCUUCUCACAAACCAGUUCCUGCCCUACUUCAUGCCUGGCUUUUCUCCAUAUUACACCCCACAGAUCCCUGGGGCUCUGCAAGGAGGCUACCUGCAACCGAUGUAUGGUAUGGAAAGUCUCUUCCCUUACAACCCAGCAUUGUCACAAGCACUGAUGGGCCUGUCUCCAGGGUCCCUGCUGCAGCAUUACCAGCAAUAUCAGCAGAGUUUGCAGGAGGCACUACAGCAGCAGCAGCGGCAGCUUCAGCAGAUCCAGCAACCCAAGGUGAGCCAAACUCCAGUUCCCCCUCAACCCUUGGGGGAUCGCAAAGAAUCUGCCAAAGAUCAAGUGAAAACAGAGGAGCAAAAAGGCAACAACCAUAGUGAACCCCCUACUUCCUCCUCCUCCUCCUCCUCUCAUAAAAAAGUAUCCCCUGAGCAGAACGAGAUGGAUGGCAAAGCUUUGGACCCCCAUCUAGACCAGUACAUCGUCCCCAAGGUGCAGUAUAAACUGGCAUGCCGCAAGUGUCAAGCAGUUUUCACCAAGGAAGAAGCGGCUAUUACCCACCUUAAAUCAAACUGUUUUUUCGGUCAGUCUGUGGCAAACCUGCAAGAGAUGUUGCUGCGUGUCCCCGGUGGCGUAGGUGCAGGGGCUGGAGGUCUCUAUGACUGCCUGGCUUGUAACACUACGUUGGAUGGGGAGAAAGCACUCAGUCAACACCUGGAAUCGGCAUUGCACAAACACAGAACAAUCAAGCGAUCAGCCAGAAAUGCCAAAGAGCACGCUACUAGUUUAUUACCUCACUCUUCAGCCUGCUUCCCCAAUCCUAACACCGCAUCUACCUCGCAGUCUGCCACUCAUCCCAUCAGCAGCCCCCCUCCCCCGUCAACAUCAUCAGCCACCAUGCCAUCCUCUGCUGUCUCCUCUUCCCUGUGCUCCUCCUCUACUACCCCACUCAACACCACAGCUGCCGGCAAACCAUGGCCCCAGGCCCCUUUCUCCAGAGCUUUAGCUGGGAAGUCCAAUGCCAGUCCCUCCUCUUCUUCCUCCUCUUUUCCUCCAAUGUCCUCACCUUCAACGGUUACCUCAAGUUCAUUGAGCACCUCAGGAGUUCAGACCUCGAUACCAACAGACGUCUUUACCGACGAGUCUGACUCUGACAGCAGUCAGAAGUCAGCAGACAGGCUGGGCAGGACGGCGGAGGAGCCGCAGCAGCCUGGCUUUGUCAAAGACAGUAGUAGUUGUAGUAGUAAUCUUGCUAGUGUAGGAACAGACUCCAUCAGAUUGUAAAAGAGCUUUCAGUGAUGGACAAUAUUUAAAAAACACUAAAAGGACAAAAAAAAAUCACAAAUGGAAAAAACAUAAAAAGCAGCAAUGUUAAAAAUACAUUAAAAGUAUACAAACCAAUUUCAGAAAAAGAUGUGUAAAGACUAACUGCAAUUCCAAAGCUUGUAACCAAAAAUUUAAAUGUUAGUGGAUUGUUUUCCCAUAUCAACAUGCUGGUUUUCCUUUUGUUUGUUUUUUUGUUUUUGUUUUACUCAACUGAAAUACAUGCAUACUAAUAUAUGAGAAUAGAAGAGAUCGCUGCAGUUAUGUUUUGGGUAAUGGUAGAGGAAUGCUGUACUGUAUGGCAAUGGACUGCCUCAAAGUUGACAAAUGGCCCAAGAACCCUUUUGAAGAAAUAUGAGUCAACAAGCUGUCCCUUUGUUUUGUAAUAAUUUCUACUUAAUAGCACAGUCACAAAAAGCCAGUAUGUACUGUAUGGGAGAAUAGUCUAUCAGUUUUCUUGCUAUUUAAGCAUUCAGAUACCAAUGGCUUGCAAAAGUAAAAGAAUAAUGUAAUGUCUAUUUUAUUCUCAGGUCAACAGCUCACAGAUGUUUUUCUGUUACAGAAAUCCAUGUUUUACACCUUUUGUUUCCAACAGGAGAUGAGCAUUUUUUUUUCUUUUAGAACUUGCUUUAACAGAAAGUUUUAAGUUGAAUGAAAUUUUAAUAAGGCAUUGUUUCUGGGCAUUCAAUAAGGGUAAAUGAUUUGCUGAUUUUAACAUUAGAAAUCCUUUUAAAGGGGGGGGAAAUCACAGUCCCAUUAUACCCAGACAAGGAGAGCAUUGCAGACAUAAUAACGGGCGAUAAAAAGAAUUUUGAUUAAAAAAACAACCUUCUGUAUUUAUGAUAGAUAUGAACAUUUUUGGUGUUAAGUAGAUUGUUGCAUUGGAAAUGAAUUUAAACAGUAUGGUAGGUUGAAAAAAAACUUUGUGUACAUUUAGCUUUUGUAUUGUCCAACUUUAAGACGCUUCAUUUGAUGUUGUCUUGGUCAUUCCAAUAGACUAGAUUAUGGACAGGUAAUUUAUCUCAACUUUAUUUCUGUCUUAUUCUCGACUUCUUGGGAAACAUUCACCCAAAUGCCCCUCCUGACAAGGCAGGAUCCUCUUUUAGAAUUAUUUAAAUUUUAUGAUUUGGUUGGUAUUGCGCUAACCAAAACAAAAAAGAUCCUGGGUGAAAUAUUGAAAGUUUUAUUUUAUUUAAUUUUUGUGUUACCUUUGUGCACUUAUCAUUGUCUGACUCCUAUUUCUCACUCUAUUUGAUCCUCUCUUUGCACUUAUUUUUCUCUGCUCUCCUGUGUUUGUAGAUAUGUACCCUACAAAGCAGGUCUUUUGUUCUUCAUGUAGUGUGGCUACAGUCUUUAUUUUCAUUUUGACAUUUUUGUUGUCAUAAAUGAAAAUGAAAAAAGAAUACUAAUAAUAAUUCUCACGCUUUAAGACAAAAAGAAAAUCCAAAGACUAAACACUUUCACCAUUGGUGCAUAAAUAUGAGAAAAGAGGCUUCUUUAUACUUGAGAAUUUGUUGCUGUUUUUAGAGGAAAGAAAACAAAGUUUUAAAAGAUAAAGGAGUACGCAUUAGAGUUGCCGUUUUUGCUUCUUUGCAAGCAAACAGGUGGCUUUUUUACGUAAAUACCAAAAACCAAAAAGGGCCCUUGUCCUUGCAUUGUGGAGUAGCACCGUUACAGAGCCAUUGCAGUUUGUAAGAUAGAGGUUAUUAAUCUUUGUUUGACUUUUUUGUCACAUUCAAAUGUCCAUUUUUUUAAAGAAAAUGUAUAAGGUCUGGUCUUCAAGGACAUACGUUUUGCUGCUAAUGUAGAAUUUUUGAAAGAAAAAAAAAUACCUAGAUGCAUGCUCAUUUUGCUUUUGGCUAAGCUUUAACUAAAACAAACAAUAAACCAAUUUCUUGCCUCUGCAACACCUUUUUUUUUCUUGUUGCAAAAACGGAACUUUGAAGACUGUGAAUAUAUGUUCCAAAGGACAUUUUGCCGAUUUUCUUUUUGAACAGACCAAUGUUUAAAGCCAAUGAUCUAUAACGUUUGUAAAGAACAGUGCAUUCCAAAUAUCACAAUGGAUUUUUCAUAAGCAAGGACUGAUCCUAUUUCAUUUAAUUGCUUUUAAUUGUCACAAUCUAUUUUUUUCUCAGUUUUAAAGUGACUGUAAACUGUUGUGUAAAUUUGGUUUGUAAUCAUUGGUUACUGAUCAAAGUGACCUCCAUAUGUCAUUUUGUGCUGGCAUGGAACAUUGCUGAAAUUCCCUCCAUCCAGUCAAGGUUGUUGCUCACUUGUUAAGCAAGUAAUAGUGGUUACCAAAAAAUGUAUAUAAUACAUCUGGUACUGAUGCGUCUCAUAGGUUUAGUAACAUUUAUGCCAGUCAACAUACAACUAGUCUCAGAGGGAAAUGAUAGCUGUUUUGCUGAGGUGUUGUUGCCCCCUUCCUGGGAAAUCCACCAGUGACUUGUCCCAUGUGUCUGCAGGGUGCCACUUCCAUGCAUAGGUUACAGGUUUUUAAGGGACAUCUUCAUUCCAAAGCAUUAUUUCUGGAAAAAGUAGGAGGUUUUUUGAAGAUGUCCCUUGAUUUCAAAUAGCUAGGAUGCUUUCAUGUCCAAAGAAGUCACCCACUUAAUUUUAUUGCAAUGGAAAUGGAUGUGCAUAAGUACCCCAACCCUCUCACUGAUGAUCUGAUUAACUAAUAUUUUUAUUUUUUCAACCAAAACCAUGACAUUUAAAUUUGUGAAGAACUACUUUUUGGCCACUAUUGUAUAGCCAAUAUAUUCGCCCUAAUGAAUACACAUCACAAUCUCAGAAGUGUGUUUAAAGUGCUUCAUCUUGCAGAGCAAUGUGAUUUGGUGUUAAUACUACAGCAUGCUGUUGAAAGUCAGGAGAUUUGGUCCGCAAGCUUGCCAUUUCUCUAAAGUCCAGUUCCCUGAAAUACUGUUCAUAUGUACUUUCUUAUUUUGGAAAAUUCUUAAGUUGUACAGUUUUUCUCAAAUAUGUUUGCUUUAUUUUAAUUUUCAGAUAAUGUCAGACAUGUAUUGUUAUUUUCUUAUAAGUAUUUGUAUUUUAUUUUAGUUUCUGUAUAUUACUUUUUAUCAUAACUUAACACUAGCUUUAAUUUGAAUUGCUGAAAUUAAGAAACAAAAACAAAAAAUAUGACCUGGCCACUUUAUGGUGUGAUAAUGUUCUUUAUAUUCAUUGUCUCAAUGAUACUGUUUGCUCUCUUAUUUCCAAAGUGUAAUCUUUUAGGCUCUUUUGUAGAAGACAAAGUUGAGGUUUCUACAUCAGAUUCAGCCAGCAUGGACUGUGUGAGUUUGUAUGUGUGUGCGUGUGUGUAUUUCAUAAGAGCCAGCAUCAAUUACAUUUUUUUCUUGUUUGCCUUUUAUUUUAUUUUUUUAUGUUACACACCAAAACAAAUCGAACCACAAAGCUGGAUUAUGAAUAACUGAAAUUCAGAAAAUCAAAUUUUAAAGAUAAUGAUUAGAAAUGAGAAUGAUGAUACCGAAGCACUGAGCAGUUUUUACUUUGAUUGAAUAUAUGAAUGUGGCCAAAGCUUUAUGCAGUUGAAACAAAAAGAAAAAAAUUACAAGUUGUGCCCGAGAUAAGUGUAUAUUUUAUUGUGGCACAAAACGGUAUUGUGGAUAAUUGGAUCCGCUGACUUACAUUGGGAUACUUGAUUUUAAUGGACAUUUACAAAGAGAGAUAAAGACAAGGUUUUGCUGUAGAGGUCAUCUUUUGCCCACUGUGAAAACAAACGUGUACCUGUAUACAGAUAUAGAUAUAUUUAAAACAAGACAUCAACUUUUUUUGUUUUUGAGAUGAAGAAGGAAUGAAAAGAAAAGAAAAAGGACUCUGGGAAGCUUUGGAGAUCUUGUUAGGAGGACAUGAGAGGCUGUGGGCACACCAAAACUGGGCAUGGGAGCCAAAGGCAGGCUCAAAACAGCUUUAAAACCACCUCCUUAUUUGAUUACUGACAACUCUGUAAUGGGAAUGGACUCUGGAACCAAUGGACAUGUGUGACACAGAGGAAAGUCCUUAGAUGAAACUGAACUUAAGUGGCUCCAGCUGCCUCUUUCUCCUUUUUGUCUGUCUCUUUCUUUCUCCAGCUCUGCCUCUGCUUCUGCUCUUUGAUGGACAUUUUCCAAAUUUCAGGACAGGAUGGACAGAGAUGCUUGCUUCAUUUCUCCCAGUUCAUGUUGCUACCCGUUUCAUUUCCUUGUGCUUGUCUCUGGUUGACAAGUAAAGCUCUCCAGUCAAAUGGCGGCUCACCCCUCUCUCUGUUGAUUACAUAAUCUAAAAAGAGAAAUUAAUAACAGAGAGAGGGGACGGGUUCUCAAAGCUGUCAUUCUUAAAGAGGCAGUUACACUAAAAAAGCGUAUUAACCAAAAUUAACAACCAAACUAACAACCAAACAACCAUUUGCUCCAACUUCAAAGAUGAACUGUUACUUGGAGCUCUCUGUUCCUUUUGUGACUUCUGGUGCCACAAUGUUUUUUUAUGCUUUUAGUUUUUCUUUUUGUUUCCUUGAAUUACUCCUCCUUUGAGCCUCAUAAGCAUGGCUCUGUGGCUCCAGGCAGCCCAUCCGAGGGUAGAAAAAAACAGCCUUGCAAUGUACAAAAAAGAGCAAGUUAAACCAAAAAUGUUGUUCUUGAUGUCUUUUCUAUACUGUAGUCUUGUUAGCUUUUUUGUUACUGUAAUUAUAUGAUGAAGAUUUCCAAACUGUACCAAAUUACAUGGAAACUAACAUACAUACAACCACAUGGAACUUCAAACUUUUAAAGAAACUUUUGUCACAAAACCUUGUUGUCCUAGUUAAGUUGAUUGUAGAUGGUAAUUGAAUAUACUCCUUUGAAAAUAUUUCAUCAAGUAUGUUUCUUGCUCAUUGUGAUACAUUAAAAAAGUAUGAGCAUAAA